AUGCAACGUCCCUCUUCCACAACAAGAGUAGUCUCCGGAAGUACAACACCCAACAAGGCUAACAUUUGGGCAUUGAGGAAGUCUACAUCAAGUUUACCCUCUUCAAAUACAAUCAAUAAUUCCUCAUCGACACCAUCAUCAGGCUCAUGGAUCAGAGAAUCUUCACUCAUCAUUCCCUCCAAUAUUCCCAACAAGAAUAACAAUACUAAGGCUGGUGGUGUGAUGAUGAUAAAUUCCGAUCAACAAGUGCAACAAAAACCUGAACAAGAUACACUCUCGAUAUUAAAUGAUUUGGCGAAUCAAUCCUCCCCUCUCCCAAUCACCAAAUCUUCCUCAACUCUAACUCCUUCCAACACUAACAAAUCAUCUCUUACCACAUCAACAAACGGUGUCAUCACUCCAAACAAGACAAGUUUUGGUGGCUUAAAGAAGAUGCUGUACAAUAAGUCUAAUGAUGAGAAUGUGGAAGCACCAACCCAUCAAGGAAAGACUCCUAAUAAGACACCUUCCAAGAAGGUAUCUUUUGAACUUGUCACCAAAAAGAAAACACCCUCCGUUCUACAACCUCAAAAUCCUAAUAUUAUUCCACAAACAAUUACUAAAGAAAAUUUGAAAGUGUCACCUGAAAAGGUAGAAAAAGUUGUCGCCCAACCUGCUAUUUCAAAUCAAGGUGAAGAGAAAUUUUCAUUUACAGUUUUUUCGACAAUUACACAAAAGAAUUACAAAAUUCUGAUCAAAUAUAAGGAUGUGAACAAAUUGAAGGUUUACAAGAUUAAAUCCAAUCUUCACCGAGUUGUAAAUGUACCAGUUGAGGAGCAAGUACUUUACGCCUCUGUACCUACACAAGAAAUCUCAGUUUCUAAACCGCUCGAGGACCAUGUAACAGGAUCAUCUUUGAGCUUGUCAGAUAAAACUGUGCUCAUUCUUGUCCAUAUUUCUCAAAGAAAGCAAUAUGAAAAUCAAAUCGAAAAGAGGCAGUCUCCGAAUAAGGUAAAUCAACAACAAAAUGAUGAAAUGCUUCUCGAAGAAGAGCAACCAAGACCUCCAAAAACUCCGUCUCCAAACAAGCUCACUUCACCAAGUAAGCAACCCCUUCAACACGACUCUCCUCCUCAACAAUUAUCCUCCCCAAAUCAACCAUACCAAAACGAUUCGAAAUCCCCUUCACCUAUUGCAAAACAACUUUCUCCAAAGUUAUCUUCUUCACAAUCUGAGGAUCGAAAUGAAGAAUAUGAUCUGGAUGAUUCUUUUAUCAACAGUUUUAUUAAUCCCACUAGAGAUAAUGAAGCAACCAAGACUGAACCAAGGAAUAACAUGAGUAUGAAUACCUCCUCCUAUAUUGUAUCAUUUUCAAGCAGCCCUCCUAGAGACUCAGUCUUUUCUCCUAGAUUCAAAAUGUCAGAUGUUGAGGCUGAGAGAGAAAAAACCAUAAGAAUGGCUCUUGAAAAACAUUUUCAAAAUCAAAUGAAUGACGAGAAAUUGAAACUGUCAAGGAAGUAUGCUUCUGAAAAGAAGGAGAUUCUACAAAAGGCAAAUGAAGAUAGGCAGGAGUUAAUGACUGAAAAUACAAGGCUAAGGAAGGAAUUGUUAUCAGAGAAAGAUAUACAAAAAACACCUUACGGAACAAGAGGAGGAGCAGCUUCAGAAGACAUUACAAAACUCAAGCAACAACUGGCCGAACUGCAAGCUAGCAUCAGGGAAAGAGAUGGGAAAAUUGUGCAGAUGGAGAAUUCUGCAACGCAAUUGAAAAAUGAACUAGUUCAAGAAUCUCAAGUUUGGAGAAACAAGUUUGAAAUUGAAAAACAAGUAGCAUGGAAUAGAGAGAAGGAUACAAUUUUAAGAAAUUGGGCGGAAGAAAUAGAAAUUCUGAAAUUGGUUCAACAACAAGAAAGGAUAGAAUCUCAGAAUAUCAUUGACCAAAUAGAAACAGAGCUUGAAGUUGCUAAUCAAAAGAUAGAGUCAGAUAAGAAGUUUGUUGAUUCUGCAGAAUAUGCAAUUGAAAAUUUAAAGAAUCAAAUUGGAAAAUUAAUGAGAGGUGAUUAUGAUACUGCAAGUUUAAUAAUGGAAGCUGCAAAGGAGCGAGCUUUAAUUGAAAAGAGGUAUAAUGACCUCUAUUCAGAUUAUAAUGCUCUUAGAAAUUUAUUCGAAGAGGAAGUUAAAAAGAGAAAGUCCUUGCACAAUCUUGUGGAAGAUAUGAAGGGAAAUAUUCGAGUAAUAGUAAGAAUGAGGCCUUUAAUAGGGGAUGAACAGGCGACUGACCUUUCAAAUGGAAGGAUAGACAUUAAAGAUGAUACAACUAUCACUGUUGGAAGUCAAAAUCUAGGACUGAAAGAGUAUGACUUCUUUAAGGUGCUUGAUGAAAACAUUUCCCAAGAGGAUGUUUUUGAGCACGUGAAACCAAUGCUUCAGAGCGCACUUGAUGGCUACAAUUUGUGUAUUUUUGCUUAUGGCCAAACGGGAAGUGGUAAAACCUUUACCAUUCAUGGGGAGGAUCAAUCUAACCAAUGUGGAUUAAUUCAAAGAACAGCUGACUAUCUGUUCUAUUCUUUAGAAAAACAAAUGUGCUCAAGGACUGAGGCUUUCUCCAUCUCAUGCAGCAUGGUUGAAUUGUAUCUUGACACUUUGAACGAUCUCUUUGAAAAAUAUCAAGAUUCAGAGAAUCAAUUUAAGGCCACAGAUAAGAGAAAGCCUCCACAACUCAGACAAUCAAAGAACGGUAAGAUGUCUGUCACAAACUGUAUCGAAGUAGAUGUGUAUCAUCCAAAUGAUUUGGUUAGAUUAUUGGAAUUUGGAAAUGAGGUAAAGCAAAUUUCCAAAACUGACAUGAAUGAUCAGUCCUCAAGGUCACACACUAUCUUUACUAUCAAAAUCAGUAUGGAAGGAUAUACUCAACCAACCUCUCUCAACCCACAAGGAAGACUAUUCAAAAAGGAAAGUAAGAUUGCCUUUGUUGAUUUGGCUGGUUCUGAGCGAGUUUCCAGAUCGAAUUCCAUUGGUGAUAGAUUUAAAGAAGCUCAGCAUAUUAAUAAGAGUCUCUCAGCAUUGGGAGAUGUGAUUGCAGCCCUCUCUACUCACCAAAAGCACAUUCCAUAUAGAAAUUCUAAACUCACUCUCAUGUUACAAGAUAUGAUUGGAGGCAAUUCCAAAACUCUCAUGUUUGCCAACGUAUCACCAGAUAAAAAGAGUGUUUCUGAGACAAUCUCUACUCUAACAUUUGCUUCCAGAGUGAAAUGUGUAAAAAACCACCCAAUGUUAUCCAGACAAAUAGUGACUGAUGAAAAUUAA